GUUUCACAUCAAAGCAGACUGCCUUCUUAACUGAGCAGUUUCAAAUAGGAGGAGUCAGCGGAAGAAAAGUAGACCCCCAAGAAGUUUCCAAGGCAAUGGCUGUAACCCGACGUACCGACGGAGCCCGAUUAUUUCCCCCAGAUGAAGUGCUUACYAAACAGCAAAUAUCCGGUUUCUUUAGUCGCCUCUCUGCAAAGAAGCGUCUCAAUUGCCCAGUUGUAAUGGAAAAUGACGAUGAAGAUAUAUAUGCAGCAGAAACUGAAACACAAUUUUCCACCUUGUGUGCCAAUGUAAUGAUGGCGGUACAGUUAAAUCACCCGAUUAUUUGCUUCGAUUUCAAUAUCUGUGAAAUGGUUCAAAAGAACAAGUUAUCAAAACUAUGUGUAGAGGAAUUGAGGAACGUUUGCAUCGAGCUUGGARAAGAUGUUGAAGACCUUUCCCAAAGAAGGAAAAAGCCCUACAUUGAACGAAUAAACAAUAUUGUCAAAAACUGUUGUUCAUGUACUGCGUAAAGUCUGCAUUCUAUUCAAUCCGCACAAUGGUGUUCUAUGCUCGACGGCGUGUAAAAGGUCGGGAGUUCGUGAAGAGUGGAUUAUGAAGCGGCUUSAUCGUACUGAAACAAGACACCAAAAAGGUUUGCAUAAAACCACGGAAUCAGGAAGAGAAUACUGAAUCCGUAYGUAUCCGCACUGAAUACUGAACAAAUACGUAAAAAGGAAUUUGAAUUUAAAUAUUCACGAAGGUAAUUGGAAAUCUACAAGUUAUUAUUACUGGCAUUUUAUCAAACGUCGCAUGGUGAAAGUUCUCAGCAAAGUUCCUUCAAACGACACUGAAAUAAACUUUUGACUUAACGUUUGAAUAUAAAUUAUUUUCAUUUAGUAUUAUAGCACAASCGAUGUGCCAUUUCAGAACCUUACGAUACACCAAAGCAUACUUAGUUAACUAUCGUAAUUAUGGCCCGAAAAGUCGAGCCGCGCGCGGAUUUCAAACUCCAGUUUGACUCCCAAAAUAUUUUAAAUAAUUGAAUAUAAAAUAGCUAGACAUACCAAGGAAUCGUUUUAAGGUAUGAAGAAGUACUUUUGAGUAUUUUUUCGGUCUAGAAAAACAAUUAUUUGACUUCCUCUUUCGCGCAUGCAGUUUGUUGUCGAUUUCAGUGUGUGGAGUAAGACUCAAUAUUUGCGAAACUUAAAGGGCGCUUAUGCUGCCAAAAUCAAAAAGAGCCCGGAAUUUUUUUUACGUAGCUUAAAGAACUUCCUUUCGAGGAUAUCUGGUGAAAAUAUUGAGAGUUUUGAUGAAAUACCACAUGCAUUUUUCUUUGCUCGAAUGAUAGGUGGUUUACAGGUGAAUUUAUCACCUAUGCAUGUCGUCAUUUUAAAAGGCCUCCGUUCUUCUCAAAAAUAAUUCAUAUCCGUUGAAAUUACUAAAUCUUGAUUGUACUAGGUCCAAUUAACAUAGAURCGAUCAAUCAAUAAAUUUGCUUUUGUUUUA